AGUACUGUUGCGUUGAGGGGUGCCUGGUGGUACCAAGCAAAAAGAAAGAUGGUGAUUUGUGCUGAAAGGCAGAUGUGUGCAGAGUUUUUCCUGUAUUCGUGAGAUGUUUACAACAUGAGACUUACAUCUGUGGUGCUUUGGAACUUGUCUCUACAGUUGAGAAUCGUAGAAUUUAUAACUUGUGAAGUCUGAAUCUGAAGAAACAUUCAUUCACCCAUGGAGUUUGAAACAUUUAUCAAUGGAAAUUCCGAAACAGAAAGUAAAAUGUAUACAUAAUGUAUACAUAAAUCUGUCACAUGUUUGUAAGCAGAACAUAAAUCUGUCACAUGUUUGUAAGCAGAACAUAAAUCUGCCACAUGUUUGUAAGCAGAACAUAAAUCUGUCUCAUGUUUGUAACCAGAACAUAAAUCAUUCACAUGUUUGGAACAAGAACAUAUAUCAUGUGUGCAGAAGAAGGUGACUACAAAAAAGUGUAAGCAUUUAAUAAAGGAACAUGGGGAAAAACAAGAACAGUAUGGACUCAGAAAGACCUAGAGUUUCAAAUCCAGGACCUGUGGAUGACAAGAUUGAAAUUCCACAUGUAAAGUAUAAAUUAUCUGAUCCCUGUUCUGCUGAGGGUAAAAUUGAGGGAGGAAACCAUCCGGAUUCACAAGAUUUCACACAACCACCCAAAAUUAUUGACUCUAGGAAAGGGAAAAAUGAUUGGAAAGAUUUCCAAAAUGGUGUAGAUUCUGAAGGUGGCGACCAUUUGCAAGAACCCAACAAUACCCAGGGCUGUGAAUCCAGCAGCCAACAGGAGUCCAGUUCAGUUUCCCCAGAUGUGAAGAGUCAAAGGGAGUCACAGGAUUCUAAAAUUGAUUUAGAUAAUGAAUGUGUUCAGGAUUCCCAAGGCUGUUUGGGUGAUGAAUCUAGUAACCAACAGAAGGGUGAGCAUGACUUACAAACAUGCAUGACUGAUGAAUCUGGCGACCAAAAUGAAGAUGAUCAGGAUUCACAAGGCUGUUUGGGUGAUGAAUCUAGUAACCAACAGAAGGGUGAGCAUGACUCACAAACAUGCAUGACUGAUGAAUCUUGCGACCAAAAUGAAGAUGAUCAGGAUUCACAAGAAUGCAGGGAUUGUGAAUCUAGCGACCAGGAUGAUGUUGGCCAGGGUUCUGAAACUUGCAGAGAUGAUGGAUCUGGAGUCCAAGCAGAUGGAGUUCAGGAUUUUCAGAUAAAUACGGAAAAGGAUACUCAGGAUUCACAAAAAUGCUUGGAUGAUGAAUCUGGCGACCCAGAUAAUGGGAUGAAGGAAUCUCAGAUCUGUACAGAUGAUAAAUCUGGCGAUGAAGAUAAUGGAGUACAGAAGUCUCAGUCAUGUACAGAUGAUGAAGCUAGUAAGCAAGAGAAUGGUGUUCCGAGUUUCCAGAAAUGUAUGGAUGAUGAUUCUAGUAGCCAGCAAAAUGACGUCCGGGAUUCCCAAGAACUUGUUGGUGAUGAAGUACACAUGGACGAUGAAUCCAGUGACCAACAGGAACCUGCUAGGGAUCCCCAUGUGGCUAGGGAUAAUGCAUCUGGUGACCAACAUUAUGACGCUAAUGAUUCGAAUGCAUGCAUGGAUGAUGAACAUGACAACCAAUGGGAAGAUGUUCUGAAUCCCCAGAUAUGUAUCGAUAAUGAAUCUGACAACCAACGGGAAGAUGUUCUGAAUCCCCGGACAUGUAUCGAUGAUGAAUCUGACAACCAACGGGAAGAUGUUCCGAAUCCCCGGACAUGUAUCGAUGAUGAAUGUGACAACCAGCGGGAAGAUGUUCUGAAUCCCCAGACAUGUAUCGUUGAUGAACAUGACAACCAGCGGGAAGAUGUUCUGAAUCCCCGGACAUGUAUCGAUGAUGAAUCUGACAACCAGCAGGAAGAUGUUCCGAAUCCCCGGACAUGUAUCGAUGAUGAAUGUGACAACCAGCGGGAAGAUGUUCUGAAUCCCCAUAUAUGUAUCGUUGAUGAACAUGAUGAAUGUGGAGAUCAACCUAAAGGUUUGGGGAUUACUCAAACCUGCAAACGGAAUUCUACAUCUCAUGAUUCCAUUGAGGUGUCAGCAAAAUUGUCUGUAUUGGAUGAAAUACAUUCCACUGACCUAAAUAUGAACAUUGAUGAAGUUGAGUCCAAUGCUAACUCUACAACAGCUGGAGUAAAGGGAUAUGACCAGCCUGAGAAACUGAAAGAUUUCUCAAAAGAACAAUGCAAAAUGAUGCAGUGUUUUGUUCGUAUAAACUGCUUGAAAAUGUCAGAAUGUUUGAGUGAAAAAAUGAAAGAGAAACAUGGCAUUAGUUUAUCUCAAAAUAGUGAACCAGUCACCAGUUACUUGAAAGAAGAGAAACAGCACUCACCAUUUCCAAUAUGCGUGGAAAACAUGAAUGUUUUGGAUAGCUUAGACAUGCCAAAAUUCCACAAAGAACCUGUAAUUAAACUUGAAACUUGUGUAAAGAUGGAAAUGUUAAAGCCUGUUUCUCAAAUGUUGGCAAGGGACUGUUCACAGUCGAGAAAGCGACGUCCCAGUGUGGAACAGAAAGUAAAAAGGAGUUUUAAUGAUGCCAAGAAAUCUAAAUCAAACUGUGGUGGCAAUCCAAAAGCAUCAAAGUCAGGCACUUGUGUUUCUGUUCAGGAAACAAUGUCAUGUAGAUUAAGACAAUCCUCAAAGGAAAAGGAAAAAACGCUAAGGAAAAAUGUUAAGCAUAAGACAGGUCUGGAAGGACAAGGACAGGAAGAGACACCAGUUAAGAAAAGUGCAAUUAUGUCUUGUAAGGAGACAAGGUCCAGCAGGUUGAGACAAGUAACGAAGGAAAUGGAAGAGACUGCAUGCCCAAGGAAAAGGCAAGCUGUGUCUCCUGGGAAGUCAGUGGUUAAAAUUGUUAAGUCGAGUGAAUCACAGGAAGAAACCAAGAAAAGCACUGCUCAAAGAUUCAAAGCUACAGAAAGGUGUGCUAGUGUUAAACAGGAACAGUUGUCUGACCUUUCUGACUCAGGUGAAGAGAAAUCAUCACAAGAGAAAUCUACGGACGGUAAUAGAAAUUGUCGAAAGCCUGAUGCGUUUCCUGACACAAUAUCCAAACAAUUGAACAAAACAGUGGAAAAAUCUACUGAAAGCACUGCCAAGAACUCUAAAGCAGUGGAAAGAGAUUCCAGUGUGACAUGCAGAAGGGAGCUGAAUUCAGACUUUUCAAAUGCUCUAAAUGACAGGAUGUUCAAACAGCCUGAAGAUGAUGAGAAUCCUGUCUCGUCAAGAGGCAGAAGAAUUACGGGAAACAAGGGUGUACCAAAUUAUGAUCAUACUAGUGAUAAGACAAGUGACCCUCUGAGGGAAGCCUUGAAAAGACAGCCUGAUUACAAGACAGAUAUUUGUUUGAACAGAAGUCCAGUCGUUUUACUGUGCAGGAAAAAUUGCUUUGUAAGGUGUGAUGGGUCCCCAUCCAAGGAAGUUCCACCUUGCAAUGGGUCCCCAUCUAAGGAUAUUCCACCUUGUAGUGGGUCCCCAUCCACGGAUAUUCCACAUUGCACUAGGUCCCCAUCCAAGAAAAUUCCUCCUGUCAAAGAUCUGCCUGAAAGCACCUGGCAGAAGCAGUUGUCAGGAGAGCAUCCAAGCAAGAAGAGUUUGGCAAAGCAGGAUGCAAAAAAACUGAGAGCUCCACAGGGAGCUGCUUCUAAGCAUGAAAACAGCCAGCUAACGCUUUUGGAGAACAUCAAAAGUGAAACGCCUAGUUUGUCUGAAGAGUUCGUAUCCCUGCCAACAAAUAAAGACCCGUUUUCAGAUAUUGAGGACUCGGACGAUGGCUACAACACUGGAUCAUUGAGAACGCCAGAGAGAGCAGACGGACUGACUAGUUCACCUUAUGAAAAGAAACCUUUUGACACUUCUGAUUGGCUAAGAAGCCUUCUGACUAAUGAGGAAACAAAGGCAAUGAACGACGAGCCUGUACCCUCUGGCACGGGACCGCAGCUGUUCAGCUCUGGUACACCGUCUCUGCAGAAGACCAACUACAAACUUGCCUGGCAUUCCACUAGCCCACAGGCAAUGGAGAGAAACUUAACAGGUGGUAGGCACAGUUCGGAAAUUCUUGGUGAGAAUUCUCAGUUUUCUGUCGAGUCUCAUGGUAAGCAACGCCAUGUUGUGUCAUGCUCCUCUUCGUUUAAAUCUUGCCAGCCAAAAGAUCUGCUUGAAAGGACUCGAAAACUUGUCAUGCAGCAUGGCAAGGAGAGAUUAAAUCCUCGGCAAAGGCAAGAGCUUCAGAGGACUGUUGUACAGGUGGAUCUCUGUACAGCAAAGAGCGGGAGCUGCGAAAAGUGCAGGAAAAGACAUGAUCCAGGGACAAGAAAACGCAGAGUCAGCGCCGACAUUCUACCCACAAAUCUCACCCCAGAGGUCUUGUUUACUGACAGUAGCGACGAAGCUGAGAACGACUGCGUGGAUAACACAGAAAAUGAAGCCAGGGGUGCUGGUGCCACAGGGAAAAGCCUUCUAAAGACUGGUGUACUCUGCCGAAGGCGUCCAAAGCCCUCAUCACGGCCUGUGUUCGAAGAAAUACUGAAGCCAAGUCAAACGGACAUGGGGUUAGCCCAUACUGAGCAAUUCACACAAACGUGUGAGGUGUGUGGUCUACCUGUAGCUGUCAACUUCAUGAGUAUCCACCAAGCGGCCUGUCAGGGCUACAGUAAUAGAAACUUAAACAACCGCUAUAGAGUUGUCAGUCAGGAGAAAAACUUAAACAACCACCACGGAGCAACCGUUGUCAGUCAGGAGGGGUUGUGGCUGACCCCUCAGACUUUUGCUGGUCUAGGCACGCCUUCAUCCUGCAGCUCUGGUACCUGCAGACUUCCUAAUCAGAUGUCCAAAAAGAAGGAAAAAAAGAAGGAAGGUCUCAAUUAUUGCAAAGUCAUUUUGAAAGAACUACUUGCGAAGAAGCAUGCUAGCUAUUCUUGGCCCUUCCUCAAACCUGUGGAUGCCAGUGUGUUAGGAUUGAAAGACUACCAUCAGAGAGUGAAGACCCCCAUGGACCUGGGCACUGUCAGCAGAAAAUUACACCAUGGAGAGUAUAGGGAUCAUAGAGAGUUUGCGGAGGACGUGCGUUUGAUCUUCACAAACUGUUACCGGUAUAAUCCCUGGCAAAGUAAUGUUGCCAACAUGGCCAGGAAGUUGCACGAAGUGUUUGAAAGGAAAUACGCAUCCGUAGCUGAUGAUCCACCAGCUCCCCCACAGAGAUCUCUGUCAACUCGGGCUCCCGCAGGUCCUCCUUUCUCCGACCCGGCUUCGGACAGUCUGAUCCCGUUUUGCUCAGUCGAGGAGCAAUGUGACAGGCAGUUGAGAGAAUUACAGGCUGCUGAAGGAUUAGGGAUUCAAAAUGUGAAAGCGAUAAGAAAGGAAUUACAGAAACUCAAGGAGCUGGAGUCAAAACUCAAACUCAACAUCCAGUCCCGCCGAGAAAAGCUCAGGCUGCUUCGUGAUGACAAGAACCUGAAUAAGUCUGUUAAUAAGUUAACACAGUGGAUCACCAGGUCUGCCCGGGAGAGUUUUCCUUCGUGGGUGUCGGGAACAAAUGAGGGUGGGAGGCUACAGAACGCACAGGAUCCAGACCCCUCCUAUACCCAGUCGAUGAACAUCAUGCCACACUUAUCUGAUCAGCUUGGAGAACAACUUAUCACACCUGUACAAAUUGCUGGGAAUUCAGGAGCCCAGACAGUCAAACAACAACAACUACCAUUGGAUGAACAGUUUUUAAAUUUGCAUUUAUUACAGAACAUUUUGGGGCCAGUGGGUUUGCCAAAUCCAACACCAUUGUUGCAAAGUGGUCCCCAUCAGGCUGAUGCAGUAGGAUGCGCACAGGGGCCAUGGCAACCAUUGCCACAAGGCGUGGCAUUGAGAGAAACACAGCAGCAGGUGCUACAAUUGCCACAAGUUGGGCCACAAACUUCACAGCGGCAACCCUCAUCACCAUUAAGGGAUUUAUUAAAUCAACCUACAUUAUUGCAAAGACAACAAGUGGUACAACAACAACAAGAAGCUCUGAUAACCUCAUUCCAUCCAAUGCAGCCAUCAUCGACAACUGAACUGCAGCAGCCACAGACUACUCCCAGUUCAACUCCUGUAGAGCGCGGACAAAAUCCUGAGAUAAACAUCAAAAAAGACUCAACAAAGCAACAACAACAACAACCAAACAACGUUAAAGACAUAACCCCUGUGGGAGUAGACAUACCUGUAGAUAUUGGGGCACAGUUUCCUGUGAGCGUUUUCGCCAGCGAUGGCAGCGGUAAGUUGGUCAAAGUUAAUCAAGUCACAGAGAUUUUUCAGUGUGUGUUUUGUGCCAAGAUGUUUUCAUCGCAGGAGUUUCUUGAUAAGCAUUUGGAAGGGAAGCACGAAGACGAUGUGAUCAAAUUAGAGAAGCGAGCAUCAGUGGCCACACCCAAAGCUCAUACCAGACCAGUGGGUGCAUGCAAGAGAAGUAGAGGCCAAGAUAAGAAUAACUCUGGCCAGUCAUCAGACAAUGACGCAAUGUCAGACAAAAGGAUUUUAUCAGAUAAAGAUGUUAUAAUUGUAAGCUUUGAGAACAUGUCGUCGGUCAACAAUCCUGCUCAGACAGAUGUUAUUGUGUUGGGUAAAGAGCCAGCGCACACACCUGCUUUCUCGACAGAUGAAGAUGUGCAACUCGCCCGUAUAUCAUCGCUGAGGCCAAAGCAAUCCCCAAGGAAUAAGGUUGAAUGUACUAAUGAGGAGUCCACAUCAGCAAGUGGGGAGGCAAACAACGGCAACAAGAGCAAGAAUGAAGAGGACACAAGUUAUGCAGAAUGUGACAUUUGUGGGAAGCAUUUCCUUUCUCCCGAUUUCCUGGUCAAACACAUCAACAGGAGGCAUGGAAAGACCAGUGAUGAUAACACACAUGAAAACAAAUCGAAGUGCUCGGACGAGCAUCAGUGUAAAGGCUGUGACAAAUGCUUCAUGAGCAGACACUUCCCGGCCAAUCAUAUCAAGCGGCGACACCCAGCCUCAGUGUCAAAGGUCAAGAAAAUGUCAGGGAGGAAAGAGGUGGGAAAUGAGGUGAAUCUGGCCCUAAAAUCCAGUGCCAAGUUGGAACUGUCGGAUCUACCCAACAUCAGUUUGGAAUGCACACAUUGUGACCUGACUUUCAAGAACAGAGAUUUGUUGAACAAACAUAUAGCGAGCACACAUUCUGUGUGAAGGUGAAAUUUGUGGACUAUAUUGGCAGAGCACACUGUUCAGACACAGAUAUUUACAUGCACAGGUAUUUCCAGCUUUAAGUUGGGUAAUUUUGCCUUUUAUAUAGAAUAGAUCAGAGAUACCUUUGAAAUGACAACGGCUUUAGUUUAUUUUACGUUUACUUUAGUACACUGUGUUUUUGUUUUCUGCUUAAUAUGAAAAAUUUUGCUUUUAUGUAUUUGUACAAUAAGUUAAAUAAUUGUGUAACUUCAAGGGAUACAGAAUCGAUUCCGAUUGGCUGAUAGUGGAAAUAGGAUUUCCUGGGUUAACUCUUAAAGCUGCAGUCAUGCUUGAAUAAAUCUGCUAUACCUAAAAUUCAGCUUACACUGGACAUAGCUUGGACUUGCCUAUCUCUCAGAACAGCCAAUAAGAAACGUUUCUCUAUCCCUUUAAGAAGCACUUGUAAUCCUUUGACCUAGUUUUCAGCAAAUUUAAAACAAAGACUAUUUGGAUUAUCAGUUUCAUGAAGCACACUCACUUAAAAUGUGAUGAACUUGAACAGGUAAUGUAUUUGACCUGUGGUUUGCAUCAAACAAUCAAACAUUCAUAUUAUUUUUUGGUGAAAAUUUUUAUUUUUAUCAUUUAUCGUAUGCGUGUUUAGGACUUACUCAAAGGUGCAUGUAUGUCAACAUUCCAUUUUACUAUUUUAUUAAACUUCAUACGUGUACUGUAUAUGGUGUUGCAGGUGCACAGAUUCAUGCUACUAAUGACCCUGUAGCCAUUCACCAAUGCAGCUGCUGUGAGUUCAGCUCGUGCUGCCUUCCUCUCUGACCAUACUUGGGAAGGUCUGCUAGCAAUCUGUAGAAGGUCGUGGGUUCCCCUGGGCUCUGCCUGGGUUUCUCCCACCAUAGCGCUGGUAGUGUAAGUGAAUAUGCGUGAGUGGGAAAAUAAAUAAAUAGUAAAGGCAAAAAACUCCCACUAAAAUCAAGUAUGCAGAUACAUCAAAUCAAAGAGCAUUAAACAUUGUCCAGGAAAAUAUUUUUAAAAAUUUUUUUUCAAUUUUAUUUUUUUCCAAAGAUGGGUAAAAUGGGUUUUAAACAUCAGAAGUCUCUCGGCAACCUGCGGAUGGUCGUGGAUUUCGCCCGGGCUCUGCCUAAUUUCCUCCCACUAUAAUGCUGGCCACCAUCGUAUAAGUGAAAUAUUCUUGAGUACAGCGUGAAACACCAAUCAAAUAAAUAAAUAAAUAAACAUGAGAAUCUAUGGGGGUCUUUAAUAACCCAGAGGUUA